GGACGUGGGGUGUGGGGACACACCGUGGUUGGGGGUUGUAGGAUGUGGGGACACCAUGGGGACAGCGAUGGUGGUGGCAGUGCGAUGUGGGGCACUGGGACACUUGUGGGGCACUGUUGGUGACACUGGGACGUGGGGUGUGGGGACACCAUAGGUUGGGAUCUAGGAGUGGUGGCACUGGGAUGUGGGGUGUGGGGACCCUUUGGGACAUGGCUGAUGGUGGCACUGGGAGGUGAUGCGAUGGACGGAGCGGAGCCUGGGCUGCGGGCACCACGCGGGGCUCCUUGCAGCCGGCGGCCCAGGGACACGAAGGGCGCCGCCGGCCCAGCGCUGCCUCCCCCCCAGGCGCUGCCCGGCAUCCCGGCGCUCCCCGCCGCUCGCGGCCUCCACUCCACGCCGCCCCUGCUCAAGACGCGGGCGGCUCGGGUCCGCGUGGGGAAAGGCGACAAAGGCGUCACGUACGAGCGCGCCCACCCGCCGCAUUACAUCGCGCACCGCAAGGGCUGGCUGUCGCUGCACACCGGGAACCUGGACGGGGAGGCGGGCGCGGCGGAGCGGGCGGUGGAGGACGCGUUCGUGCGGCGCUUCCUGCGCGGGACGUUUCCAGGCUGCCUGGCCGACGAGGUGGUGGUGAAGCGCCGCGCCAACGCGCUGCUGCUCUGCCCGCUGCUGCUGCGCCGCCUGCCGCCCGCCAAGCUCUGCUUCCUGCUGGGUUACGCCGAGGCGCUGCUGGCGCAUUUCUACAAGUGCCCCGUGCGCAUCCACGUGCAGACCGUGUCCGCAGCGCCCUGCUACAAGUUCCUGUAGCAUAAACGGCCCCGCACCGCC